AUGCCCGAAAGGCUGACCGCUCGCCAGUACACCCAGGUGCGGUGUCUUCUCAUUGCUGCACACAUCACCACCUUCGCUUUAUCUCUCGGCAUGCUCGUUGUCGCCAUGUUGAAGCGGUCCCGCUACCUGGGCUACUUCAGGAUUGUGACUGAGCCGGACAGGGACGUGAACAUCUCCAGCGGCCUCAUGGUUGCCAGCGGUGCCAUCGCGCUCGUUCAGCCAUUGCUCUUUUUCGGCAUACAUGUUGCGUACCCCCUUGUCCGUCAGCGGCAGUGGGCCGUGCAGUAUGAUCGCAUGCGACGCAGCGCGGGGGCUGGGCAACGGGAACAGACGGCGCAGCAGCGAACUUAUACCCUGCACGCGGAAUCUUCAGGUCACCAGAGUACUCCGAUGGAUUUCAUGCGCACGCCGGUUCUCACCGUUCAUGACUCGAACUUGCACCGCCCUCUAAGCAGGACACACAUCGAAGGGGAGGGGACUCCACAGGGCAAAGUGGGCGCUGUCACAGAGGCUUCUACCGCUACCGCUACCGCUUCUGCCGCCGCGGCGGCUGCGACCGACACCUCCUCCUCGACGCCAAGAGUAGGGCCUCCACAACCGGGAUCUCCCCUGUCGCUAGAGGUGUCGUCGGGCCCGCCGGUGCCGCAAGGUUCCUGCUUUUUUUACACGCCUCUGCAAAACGCGCAGGGGGCGCCGAGGGGCAGCUCUGUAACGGUGGCACACAAAGCAGCAUCCUGCCUUUUCUCAUUUCAGUCCGUUGCGGAGACCGAGGCGGAUGUGAACAAUGCAAUGCCGUUGCUCUCUCUCUCGCCAAGUUUCAAGAAAGAGGCUCCGGAGCUGGAACGCAAGCCGCCUGCGGCUGCUGCCCUGCCGUCGGCGCGUCGCCUCACCGGUGGCCACCCGCCCUUCUACGUUUGCAAGACCCCUUCCAGCGUUAAGGCUGGUGAAACGGUCGCGUCUCGCGACAGAUACGAUGACGCGACGGCCGUGGUCGCCACGACAGCAGCAAAAGCAGGCGACGCUGGCGUCGGUAAAGCCACCCCUUCUGUGUCUGACCCGGCCUCCCCGCUGCCCUCGCACGUGACUCGCGCGAUGGUGAAGUCGCCGGGCAGCGUUGUUAUAUAUGAGUCCGGUGGCACGGCAUCGAGGCGCCCGCGUCGACAAUCGACGGACACAGAGGCACAGCGUACACUGGACACACUGCAUGACGUUGAUAGCAGCACCCUCGCUGCUGUCACGGAAGCCGCACCAAAUGAUGCGGCAUUCCGACUCAAUGCCUCUCAGGCCCAGAGCGCGACCAACCCGUUCCACGCCCCGUCGACAGCGUUCGCCAGCUCUUCGGUGCCGUCGCUGACGCCGCCGCUUCUCUCGGUGCGUCCUAGCGACGCUCGUGACACCACCAGUACCCAGCAGGCUUGCACAGACGCCUCCUCCGUCACACCGCUAAGGCGCUCAGCUGUGGCGACCCCUACGGUGACGCCCACUGCGGCGGUGCCGCGUGCCGCUUCGGUCCGAGAGAGAGAAGUCGGGGCACUGUCCAGUGAAGAGGUGCAGCCGCCAAAGGCCUCUAGAGAGGAAGAGUUGCAGCACAGCCAGCGUCACCUCAGCUGCUCAGGCGACUUUCCACAGCGCAGCGCUGCAUCGGCGUUUUUGCAAGCGCUGGCGUGGUGCAUACCCACCCGCGUCACGGCGGAGGCGUCGCCAUCGCAAAGUCCCCCGACGAGGCGGUCGUCCACCUCACUCCGGAACGCCUCCGUGCAGCCUUUGCCGCCCGCGCUUCUUCACAUCUGCUUCAAGUCGGAAACGAUGUUCCGCUCGCUGCUCAGCGCUUACUACAUCUUCGCGGGUAUCGGGAUCCUUCUCAUGUACUUCUUUGGCAUGCUCUGGUUGGUACGUAGAGAGCUGCAAGGGUUGAACAGUCUCGUGUCGAUGGCAGAAGGGUGGAGUAACGUCUUCAUUUAUCAAAAUGUGACGCCUGCUGUCGACGCUGCCUUGUGCAGCGUGGAGUUGGACCGUAGAUGCAGCGGUGGGAUGAGUCUCUGCAAUGCGACGACGUAUGCCAGCGCCGAGGCGGCGCACAACGUCAGCUGCCCCUUUUGCGAGGCAUCGCAGCAAAUGUGGAUCAGCACAUUCACGCAGCUGUGCUCGGUAGCGUACGAUCCCAGCGUGCGGUACACGAGGGCUUUCCUCAUCCUCCUCAUGCUCUCCGCUAUUGCCAGCCUGGUAUCUCUCUGCGUUGCAGUUUUCAGCUGCGGCACAGGUGUUCUGGCGAGUGUCGGCUACGCGGCUCUUUCGAAACGGGAGGAGGCGCUGGAGGCGCAGGCGAUGCUAGAAACGGGCUUCUUCUUCUCUACCGAGCACGCACAACGAGCGCACGCCUCGUACACACCGACGCGCGUCUCCUCACCGCUUUUCCGCGCGACCGCUGCUGAUGAAGUACUGUCACCGACAACGCCGAUGGCCGUGGCGCCGUCUUGCGAGCGACUGAUGCACACAUUCGAAGGUCUGCACGCUCCGUCGGCUGCACUGCUGCCACCGUCGUCGGUUGUCAUGGCGGAGCUGUCCAGCAGCGGCGGUCUGGUGGUGCCGCCUUGUGGGCAUGAGCGGAAAGGCGUCGUUGCUUCGCAUGAAUGA